AUACAAAAUCUAGAUAAAUUCAAACCGUAUACUUAAAUGAAACAAAGUAAAAAAAAUGUGUAGAAAGAGUAGUGUAGUUUCAUGUGUUAUCGAUUUUAAAACCUAAAUAACUAAUAUGAAUAAGUGAGUUUGUCGUUUCAUCGAAUGGCAACAGCAAUGUUUUUAAAUCUGCCGAGGGGCUUGAAAAUGCCAGUCCUUGGACUUGGAACUUGGCAGGCAAAGGACAAAGGCGAGCUCGAAUCUGCUUUAAAUACAGCCCUCGAACUUGGCUACCGCCACAUCGACACUGCUUAUAUUUACGAAAAUGAAAAAAUCAUUGGUGAUGUUUUAAAACAAUGGUUCAAUUCCGGAAAGCUGAAACGGGAAGAUCUUUUUAUUACGACGAAACUUCCUAUGUUUGGAUUGAAGCCAGACCGGGUUGAGUAUUUCCUGAAAAAGUCACUCGAAAAUUUGCAACUUGAUUAUGUUGACUUGUAUUUAAUACAUUUUCCUAUUGGGUUCAAAUUUGAUACUAGUACAGGACGUCCAGUUGUUAAUGACAAACGACAAUUGGUACCAGAAGGUAAAACAGACCAUGUCGCCGUAUGGAAGCAAUUAGAAGAACAAGUGGAUGCCGGUCGGGUUAAAACCAUCGGACUCUCAAAUUACAGUAUUUCACAAAUCGAGACAAUUUUAAAAUCUGCCAGAAUAAAACCAGCAAAUUUGCAAGUCGAGAUUCACGUUUACUUUCAACAAAGAGAACUUGUUGAUUUUUGUCAAAAGAAUGGCAUUACUGUAGUUGCCUAUUCACCACUAGCUGCUCCUAGUUAUAACAAAGUUUUACAAGCAAUGGGAAGAGAAUCCAAAAAACUCCCUGACAUACUUGGUGACCCGGUCGUUAAUAAAAUUGCCAAAAAACACUCAAAAACACCAGCUCAAAUCGUUUUAAGGUUUUUGUUACAAAGGGGAAUAGCAGCCAUACCUAAAAGUGUUACACCUAAAAGGAUUCAAGAAAAUAUAAAUGUGUUUGAUUUCAGUCUUGAUGAAAAUGAAUUUAAAGAAUUGUGGAAUUUAGAAGCUGGGGAAAAAGGCAGAGUUCAUGAUUUUAAUAUGGGAUUUGAUUUGAAAGAUCAUCCAGAUUGGCCCCUAUAGCACAAUUUUAUGCAAAAGUGAAUAAAAAUCUUACACCACAA